AUGGUUGACCUAAUGGUGCCGGCGAAUGAUGAUCCUAGUAAUGAAACCGAUUAUUCAAGAUCCAACAACAAUCACACCGAUACAGUGAACGAUAUGCGCCCGACCACCACCGCUUUUCUUCAUCAAAAGCGACAUAGUUCUUCCUCGCACAAUGAUACACCAGAGUCGUCGUUCGCUAAGAGAAGAGUGCCUGGAAUUGUAGAUCCCGUAGGGAAAGGAUUUAUAGAUGGAAUAACUAAUGGCCAGGUCUCGGCACAGAAUACACCCUCCAAAACUGAUGAUGCGUCUAGAAGACCGAGCAUUUCUCGUAAAGUUAUGGAAUCGACCCCACAAGUGAGAACUGGUUCCAUUUCAACAAUGGACGUUCCUAAAUCUCCAUAUUAUGUGAAUAGAACAGCACUUGCUCGAAAUAUAGAAGUUGUCUCUAGGGGCGCUUAUGACGAAAAUGCAAAUCCGCAAAUAAGAGCUGACGAGUCAUUGGUCGCUUCAAAUGGUAUCUAUAGCAACUCGCGACCACAGAGCCAGGUAACUUUGUCCGAUAUUAGAAGAGCCCCCGUAGUCGCUACUUCACCUCCACCGAUGAUAAGGCAACUUCCUUCAGCGCAGCCAAAUCAGACCUUUAUUAAAAAACUACAGGAAAUUUACAAAAUCAUAGUAGUACAGGAAACCGAGUUACAGCAAAGAUGUCUUUAUUUAACUACCUCUCAAACCACAGAGUUAAAAAGCUUAUGGGCAAUAUACAGAUUGAACACAGAACUGAUCAAAAAUUACAUCAAUUUCAUCAUUACUGCAUUAUUAACUACACAGCCGAUAAACGAUUUGAUUAUGGGCCAAGAAAUCUUGGAUAUUUACAGAAUAGAAAAAAGGUUGUGGGUAUAUGGUAUAAUAACCUUCCUUGAUGUACUAAAGAACUUCUCGAACUUUAUGGACCCGGAGGUAUGUUGUCAGUUUAUUAUAUACGCUUUCAUCUCUGUCUCAAAUAUGCUUGAAGAUAUACCGUUGAAAUAUUCUAUUUUGUGGAGGCAGAGAUUAGGUGAUCUCUCUAGAAUGGCAAUCUCGCUGUACCCAUCGGGAUUCAUAGAUUGGAGGUUAAGCGCCGAAUAUUGGUAUACUGAAUCAAUGAAAUACAUAUAUGGGUGUGGAAAACUUUAUUAUCAUAUCGCCACAGUUCAACAGAACAGUUUAGAAGCGUUUGUAAACUUGGGAAAAAGUGUAUUUUGUCAGGAUCCCUUCACUCCAUCUCAGCAAACAUUACAGCUAUUGAUCGAAAAUAUCUAUCAAUCUGCAUUCAUAGAUAGAAGUUCUGGUAGUACUAACAAUAAUGAAACUGCCCAUAGAAAUUCUCAAUUAAUCGAUUACUUAAAGCAUACAGAAGUAAUGCUUUUGCCUAGUUUCUUGGAGAAUAUGGAUUUGCAACAUGUUGUGCUUAUGUAUUUCAAAGACAAGUUUGGUAAAGACUUUAACGGAAAUGACAUUUUCAAUACAAAGGAGAUGUUUUGCCAGAACCCAGAAUCAUUGCGUUAUUAUUUUAGGCAUGCUCCUGCAUUUGCCGAAUCUCAGCUUUUACAGCUAAUUGGAUUUGGUAAUCCUAAAAACCCAUUUGCAUUAUUGUUUCAGUUACCUAAGUAUUUGAAAUUGAAGAAGGAUAAAAGAGAAAAAAAGAGGUCCGGAGCGACAGAAACACCCCAAUACAUAGAUCCAUUUGAUGAUCAAAUAAGUUCAGAAAGCUACUUCCAGAAUAUCGAUGCUUUAAAUUCAAGUUUCAAUGAUAUCCCAACCAACCUAGAUAUUUGGCUGGAGUCUUUGAACCACAUAAACAUGACGUCAAUACAAUGCAGUAUACACGUAUUAACAAAAUUUCUUCAUGCACCGCUAGUGGUUGCCUUACCGCACUUUUUGACGUGGUUACAUUUUGUAGUUGCUAUUUUGAAAAAAAUAGAAAUGGUAAAUUCAAAACAAGUAAUAGCAUUCUGGACACAUUUUUUGAGAAGAACAAUGCCUUGGAAUUCCAUAGUGACCUUAGGUAAUGUCUUGGUAUGUUACAUGCUAGAUAAUUUGCAUCCUUUUUUGAAAAAGGAGUUGGAAAGGUUUUAUUCAUUAGAACUAGAUGAUUUGAUUGAAUAUUACAAUGAAAAUGAAAAUUUGCCAGAGAUCUGGAAAUGUUGGGGAACCUUAUGGUUUGACGCCAUUAAGAAGUGCGAUGUGAUGGAAAUUCCUGGCGUUCAAGAUCAUCUUUUUUUCGAUUCUCCCCUUGACGGUAUAGUCUUUGAUGAAAAGGAUGAAAUUGGUGAGAGAUUCUGGAUACGUAGUGUGAGAGCAGUUUCACUUUUGAAAGGUAUUGCCAAGAAGUUCCCCGAUUUGGGAUUGAAAGUAAGUUUCCAGGCUCCCGUGUUUUGUCGUCGAAAUGAUAUAUCUCCAGAUUAUUUCUUAAAGAACUUCACAUUUAAACUAGAUGCAUAUGAUGAGGACAGUUACAACGAUAACCACGAAUUAGAUGAGCUAUAUGACACAAUUGAAAUAAAUGAAAAAAUUGACGACGUUAACAUGGACCUACGAGCCCCACCAAACUUAAGCGUCGUUUCUGGUGAGAAUAUUUUCGAAUAUACUGGUUAUACAAGAUUGACACCAGAUUAUCAUUGUUUUGAUAAAAACGGCGGAUUCAACAGUGCUUUUAUCUACAGCCAAUGGUCCAAUGUUGGUAAUGGGGCAACAUUAGAUGUGAGCCGUGAAUCUAUAUAUGAUGUUGUCAGCAACGACCUAAGUUUGCAUUGGGAUAAAAUUUUCUUCGAUAGAAUUGCCGGCGCUUCUAAAGACAGUGAUGAAAAUGACAAUUGUACGGUUUAUUUUGUGAUCGAUGCUACAUCAUGGUUAAGACAUUUUGCACAUAUUUUCAAACUGGCCAAAAACAAUAUUCUUAAAUUCGCGAUUUGUUUGACUACAUUUCAAGAAUUGCGUUAUUUAAGGGGUUCAAAGGAUGAUAAUGUCGUCGAAGCGGCAACGAGGUCAGUGAUUACUAUUCGCCAGCUGUAUGAUGAAAAGAAAAUUAUUCCUAUGAGGUUCACGGGGAAUAUCGCAACACACGUUGAGGAGAGCCUAGAGUUCGAAGAGCAAAUUACUUGGAAGACGCACGUAGAUGAGUUUGUCAUUGAUGCUAUCGCUAAACUCAACCAAAAAUUUCAAGCUGAAAGAAUGAUUAAUGAAAACAAAAACGAAAGCAAGAAUUUUGCAGUGCUAGUGACGGAUGAUGACAAUAUGGACCAAAAAGCGAAGGACAAAAUAAUUAAAACGUGUAAUACAAAGUAUUUAUUCUCGUUGGGUAGCAAGCUUGGUAUCAAUAAUGGAUUAUGUACCAACUAA